AUGGCUGGGAAGGACAGUGGGAACCUGAAGACGGUGAGGCUGUGGCGGGACGCCGCCCUGCGCGCCAGGAAGCUGCGGAGCAACCUGCGCCAGCUCACGCUCAGCGCCACCGGGGGCUGUCCCGCGGCCGGCACCGACCAGCUGGAGUCCCCCGAUGCCCCUCAGCUCGUGCUACCGGCCAACAUCGGGGACAUUGAAGUGCUGAACCUGGGGAACAACGGUCUGGAGGAGGUGCCCGAUGGGCUUGGGUCGGCGCUGGGCAGCUUGCGCGUCCUGGUCCUGCGCAGAAACCGCUUCGUCUGGCUGCCCCCCGCGGUGGCCGAGCUGGGCCAUCACCUCACUGAGCUGGACGUGAGCCACAACCGGCUGACUGCCGUGGGUGCAGAAGUGGUGAGUGCCCUGCGGGAGCUGCGCAAGCUUAACCUCAGCCACAAUCAGCUGCCCUCCCUGCCCGCCCAGCUGGGCGCCCUCGCCCACCUGGAGGAGCUGGAUGUCAGCUUUAACAGGCUGGCACACCUGCCCGACUCUCUUUCUUGCCUCCACCGUCUGCGGACCCUCGACGUGGACCACAACCAACUCACUGCCUUUCCCCAGCAGCUGCUGCAGCUGGCAGCCCUGGAGGAGCUGGAUGUGUCCAGCAACCGGCUUCGGGGCCUACCUGAGGAUAUCAGUGCCCUGCGUGCCCUCAAGAUCCUUUGGCUGAGCGGGGCUGAGCUUGGCACCUUGCCCAUCGGCUUCUGUGAGCUGGCCAGUCUGGAGAGCCUCAUGCUAGACAACAACGGUCUGCAGGCUCUGCCCUCCCAGUUCAGCCGCCUGCAAAAGCUCAAAAUGCUCAACCUCUCUUCCAACCUCUUUGAGGAGUUCCCUGCUGCUCUGCUGCCCCUGGCUGGUCUGGAGGAACUCUACCUUAGUCGAAACCAGCUCACCUCAGUGCCAUCCCUUAUCUCGGACCUGGGCCGGCUUCUCACUCUGUGGCUGGAUAAUAACAGGAUCCGCUACCUGCCUGACACUAUUGUGGAACUGACAGGCCUGGAGGAACUAGUGUUACAAGGGAACCAGAUUGCUGUGCUGCCGGACAACUUUGGCCAGCUUUCCCGGGUGGGCCUGUGGAAGAUCAAGGACAACCCCCUGAUUCAGCCCCCCUACGAGGUCUGUAUGAAGGGGAUCCCCUACAUUGCAGCUUACCAAAAGGAGCUGGCUCAUUCCCAGCCGGCAGUGCAGCCCCGCCUCAAGCUGCUCCUGAUGGGCCAUAAGGCUGCAGGGAAGACCUUGCUUCGUCACUGCCUCACGGAGGACAAAGUGGAAGGAAACCAUGGAGGGGACAAAGAGAAGAGUUACCCUUCCUCACCUCCUCCCGUGAGUAAGGGCAUUGAGGUGACCAGCUGGACAGCUGAUGCUUCUCGGGGCCUGCGAUUCAUCGUGUAUGACUUAGCCGGUGAUGAAAGUUACGAGGUGAUCCAGCCCUUCUUCCUCUCCCCAGGGGCGCUUUAUGUGCUAGUGGUCAACUUGGCCACCUACCAGCCGAGCGGCUUUCCCACCACCGUGGGCUCCUUCUUGCAUCGAGUGGGGGCCCGAGUGCCGCAUGCAGUGGUUUGUAUUGUGGGCACACACGCGGACCUGUGUGGGGAGCGGGAACUGGAGGAAAAGUGCCUGGACAUUCACCGCCAGAUCGCCCUGCAGGAGAAGCAUGAUGCGGAGGGGCUCAGCCGCCUGGCACAGGUGGUGGACGAAGCCCUGGCCCAGGACUUCGAGCUGCGCUCUGCCAGCCCCCAUGCAGCCUACUAUGGUGUUUCUGACAAGAACCUUCGGCGCCGCAAGGCCCAUUUUCAGUACUUGCUUAACCACCGGCUGCAGAUCCUUUCCCCUGUGCUGCCCGUUAGUUGCAGGGACCCGCGCCAAUUGCAGCGCCUGCGGGACAAGCUUCUCUCAGUAGCUGAACACCGGGAAAUCUUCCCCAACUUGCAUAGAGUAUUGCCUCGAUCCUGGCAGGUGCUGGAGGAACUGCAUUUCCAGCCACCUCAGGCCCAACGGCUUUGGCUGAGCUGGUGGGAUUCUGCACGCCUGGGCCUGCAGGCAGGUCUGACCGAGGACCGGCUGCAGAGUGCCCUUUCCUACCUGCAUGAGAGUGGAAAGCUGCUCUACUUUGAAGACAGUCCAGCCCUCAAGGAACAUGUCUUCCACAACCUCACUCGUCUCAUUGACAUCCUCAAUGUCUUUUUCCAGAGGGAUGCUUCUUUACUGCUGCAUAAGCUGCUCCUAGGGACCAGUGGAGAGGGGGAGGCAGAUGGAGAAAGCGCCCUUCUGAUGGCGGUGCCUGCCCCUAGCCAGGACCUGCUCCGGGCCACGCAGUUCCAUCAUUAUGUGGAGGGUUUUCUGCUACAUGGACUCUUGCCAGCUCAUGUCAUUCGGUUGCUGCUGAAGCCUCACGUCCAGGCGCAGCAGGACUUGCAGUUGCUGCUGGAACUACUGGAGAAGAUGGGACUCUGUUACUGCCUCAAUAAGCCCAAGGGCAAGCCUUUGAAUGGGUCCAUGGCCUGGUACAAGUUCCCGUGCUAUGUGCAGAACGAGGUGCCCCAUGCAGAGGCCUGGAUUAACGGGACCAACUUGGCCGGGCAGUCUUUUGUCGCUGAGCAGUUACAGAUUGAAUAUAGUUUCCCCUUUACCUUUCCACCUGGGUUGUUUGCACGCUUCAGUGUCCAGAUCAACAGCCACGUGGUACACAGGUCAGAUGGCAAAUUUCAGAUCUUUGCAUAUAGAGGGAAAGUUCCUGUGGUGGUGAGCUACAGACCUGCCAAGGGGGUCUUGCAGCCAGACACUCUGUCCAUUGCCAGCCAUGCAUCAUUACCAAAUAUAUGGACAGCAUGGCAAGCCAUUACCCCCUUAGUCGAGGAACUGAACGUCCUGCUUCAGGAAUGGCCUGGACUGCACUACACCGUGCAUAUCCUCUGUCCUAAGUGCCUUAAGAGAGGGUCGCCCAGUCCACACGCUUUCCCAGGGGAGUUGCUGAGUCAGCCCCGACCAGAAGGAGUAGCAGAGAUCAUUUGCCCCAAGAACGGCAGUGAACGAGUGAAUGUUGCCUUGGUUUACCCACCCACACCAACUGUGAUCAGCCCCUGUUCCAAGAAGAACGUCGGUGAAAAGCACAGAAACCAGUGA